UUUAUAUUUCUAUCCAUUCACUGAUGUGUAAUUAAUAAGUAUAUUUUUGUACAUUAAAAAAUAGUAAAUGGUAUUAUGAAUAAUGCUAAUGAUUGGUACAUAAACGCCGAAAGAGAUGAGGAAUAUGGAGAUAGAACACAUCUACUCCAGCAGUCCAGAGCCCUUGACGAAUCGUUAAAUAAUUUAGCACAGUCAAGAAGUGUUUUAAACGAUACAAAUGAACUCGGCGCAAAUGUAAUGUCCAAGUUACUCAACCAAAGAGAUAGUAUUAUAAGAACAAAACAACUGAUAAGCGACACCCAAAAUAUACAACAUGAAACCAGAGAUAUUAUUACAUCUAUCGGAAGAUCGGAGUUCUAUACCCGAGUUCUCAUGUACUUCACCGUAGUGAUGCUAGUUUUGGCAAUAAUUUUCAUUAUAAUUUAUAAAAUACUUAAGAAAUAAGCUCGGCUGUAAACGAUUUUAAAUAUGAUAACGCAAUA